UUGUCAAGUGUGUUUGUUUUCAUUUCAAAUUCAGCCAAAUUCAGCAAUAGAUCUUAAAACUAUUGUGAUAAACAACAUAAGCCUCGUAUAAUCCAUUAAACCACGAUAGAGUAUACACAUUUCUUUACAAGGCAUUUUAAGGCUAAACAGUAAACUCUCAUAAUACCUACAAUACUUUCCAAAUCAUGUUGGAAGUCUGUAUUGAUAGUUUGGAAUCAGCUAUAAAUGCAGUUCACGGCGGAGCUGAUGAGUUGGAAGUCUGCAGUUCAUUACCAGAAGGUGGUUUGACACCAUCCCCAGGACUUGUAAAGGAAAUAUUAAAAAUGAUGGAUAUUUCCUUUAAUAAGCCAAUUUAUAAAAGUUGCACAGAAUUUUGUUGCAAAAACAUUAAGAGACCUAAAAUAAACAUAAUGAUAAGAUGUAGAGGAGGUUCAGACUUUUGUUAUACAUCAGAAGAAAUAGAUACAAUGCUUUCAGAUAUUGAAUAUUAUAAAACUUUAAAUAUAGAUAGAUUUGUCUUUGGUGCAUUAAAGGCAUUAGAGAUUGAUGAGGAAUAUUGUCAAAAAGUUAUUAAUGCAGCAAAUCCAAUACCUGUGACAUUCCAUAGAGCUUUUGAUAUAUGUUUGAAUCCUAAUAUUGCUAUAGAAAAGAUAAUUAAGUUAGGUUUUACAAGAUUAUUAACAAGUGGUCAAGAAAUAUCCGCUGAUGACCCUAAAGCUAUUAAUCUGUUACAAAAACUUUUAUGUAUAAAUAAAUGUAGGAUAGAAAUAAUGCCAGGGGCUGGUGUAAAUGCAGAUAAUGUGAAAGAUUUCAUUAAAAUUGGUUGUAAAAUUGUACAUAGUUCAUGUAAACGGUCUAAAGAAAUAAAUAUUGGCAAUAAUUUGUCUAUGGGCACAGCUACUACUCAAUAUAUUUAUUAUACAGAUAAAAAUAUUGUUAGAAGAACUAAAGAGGUUUUAUGUAGAACUGUAAAUGAGAAUGCAAAGGAUAGCUGAAUUCAAGGCUUAAAUAUUAUUCAUUUUAAUAAAU